CACUGCCCUUAUUAAUUCUUGCACAACCAAAAGAAAGAUUUCUGGCUGUGGUGUAACUCUCUCUAGUUGACAACUCUAUAAAAUCACGUAUUUGUCCUAUAUUGACAGGUUCUCGUUAGGGACGAGUUGUCUUGGGUAAAUUUGCCGAGGGGUCAUUGCUGCGCAUCGAGAAGUUUUAACAGGUUGUUCCAACUGAACAGUUCUAGGCCUAGUCACUAGUAGAAUAGCAACAAAAAUCCAGCAGAAUUUCAGCUGCCUACCAACGUCAACAGUGUAUUUGAUCGGUUCUAAGUUCUUAUCAACAAGUGCAAACAUUCUCUUUACUGAGACAAGUUCAUCUCAAAGUUUGUUUCAACAAGUAAUGACUGAUAAACCUUGCAAAUUUUACGUCGGUGGAAAAAAAUGCAAGUUUGGUAAACAUUGUAAAUUUGUGCAUUCAGAAGGUUUGUCAAAUUUCAAUUCUGAUUUUAAAACGGAUGAUAAUAAUGGAGUGUUAAAUUCAACUGCGUGUCCACCUCAAGUUCUGUACCCAGAUGAAAAAAGCUUUUCAAAAUUAAAUCAAGAACAACAAAAUGACACAGCAAUAAGAAAUCAAUCCAAGAAACAAAAACUUUUACAAAGCGCAACAUUUUGUCAUUUUUAUGAAAAAAAUGGAUUCUGUCGUUAUGGUAAGAACUGUAGAUUCUAUCAUGGAGCUAGAAAUCAACCAAAAGAAGAGCUGAAUCUUGAGGAGGAUUUUAAUAAGUAUGAAAAGGCUGAAGUAGAGGAUGCUGAUGAGCAAGAUAAUCCUGCAGCCGAUACUUCUGAAGAUUUAGGAGCUGUCGGGUUUGAAAAUGGUGGAAGGAGAGGGUUAUGUCAAUUUUUUGCUGAAAAUGGUCAUUGUAGAUAUGAAAGAAGAUGCAGGUUUCUUCAUUUUUAUGCACACAAAAAAUCUGCAGAAAAGGAAAUUGGCUCAAAUAAAGAACAGAGUCGUAAUGAUGUAGUGUCAACUGAACCAUCAGUCUCCAAGAAUGACUCCAAUAAGACAACUUGUUCUUUUUUCAAGAAAGGAAACUGUAGAUUGGGUAAGAGGUGUAGAUUUGAACAUAAAACUAUCAGUUUCAGUGAAGCACCUGCUAAAUCUGAAGAACCAGUGCCUUUAGAAGUUCAUCCCCAACCUGUUUUGACUGCAGUGAGAAGACCAGUUAUUCCAGUGAAGAAGACAUUGAUGCGAUCAACUGCCACUGAUGAAGAAAUUAAGAAUUUGAGAAAGACUGAAAUAGACCAGUUCAAGAAAAGAUUUCCCAGUGAUAAGCUUACAGUAAUUACGGAUGAUGAUAAAAAAUUUCUUGCCAGAUUUUGCUUCACACCUUCAGAUCCAGAUUGGCCUUUUGAUGUAAGAAAUUUUGUUAUUCAAGUUGAAUUUGGUGCUAGAUAUCCAUUAAAGAAAUUGAAGUUAAAUUUACCAGAAGAACAAGAUAUGCCUGACAUUGUUCGGAGAUAUGUUGAAGAAGGUAUAGUAGAGUGGGUUGAUGAAAAGACUGUAAAUUUGGAGAAAUCUGACCAGUUAGAACUGUUAUUUAGACCUUUGUUGAGAUGGAUAGAGAAAAACCUUGAAGAUGUUGUUACCAAUGGUUUAAGACAGUUCAAGAAAGAGUUAGUGGCCAAAGCAGCAGGAUUUGAAUUUAUUUCAGCCUCCCAACUACAAGACAAUAUUAUAAAAGAAAGCCUGGAAGAAACAUCAGAGGAACCUAUUUCUGAUGAGAAUUCACCAGAAGACGAAAAUGUCACUGAAAGCAGUGGUAGUGACAGUGAUGAUAAGGAGAACCAUCUUGUCAAAGUAGAUGUUGAUAAAAAGGGCACAGAAAUAAAUUUUAAAAAUCUGCAAUUAAAAGGGCAAACUGGAACGUUGUCUUUUAAGAAGAUUCAUAUCAUUAUUCAAUGUGGUCGCUGUAAGAGCAAAAGUGAUUUUUCAACACCUGGAAAUCGACUUAACUCUGUCGAUUGUACCAAAUGUCAUGAGACCCAAUUAUUACGAUAUCGUCCUACAAUAGCUCAUCAAUAUUCAUCAGUUAUUGGAUAUCUAGACCUAGAGAAUUGUCUGCCCUUUGAUUUGAUCUUACCAGAAUGUUAUCCUGUAGUCAACUGUAUGAACUGUUCUAAAUCUACAACAAUAUCAGGUUUUUGUACUGGUCAACCAUGUGAUGUCAUCUGUCGUUCAUGUCAUGAUAAAUUGAGGAUUGCUGCCGAUGCUGUCAGAUUUUUAGACUUGCAGCAAAAAGUUGAAAAUUUAGAAAUAAAGCAGAUCCACAAAGUAGGAGUAAAGAAAACCAAUCGGGUGGCUAAAGAUCCUGCCAUACAAGAAGGGAAACCUCUACCAAAUAAUGGAACCUGUAAACAUUACAAAAAGAGUUAUCGUUGGCUAAGGUUUCCGUGUUGUGGGAAGACUUAUCCUUGUGAUGUUUGUCAUGAUGAAAAUGAAAGUGAUCAUGACAUGAAAUAUGCUAACAGAAUGAUUUGUGGAUUUUGCUGUAAAGAGCAGGUAUAUUCAGUUGAUAAACCAUGUAAAGGGUGUGAGAGUUUAAUGACGAAAUCCUCGGGGUCACAUUGGGAAGGAGGGCAGGGUUGUCGAGAUAAGAUAAAGAUGAGUCGAGGGGAUUCACAGAAAUACAGCAAUAUGGGAAAAACUAUCUCCAAGCAUUCACAGAAAGUUAAAGAUAUGAAUGGCAAAAAGAAAACCAAGCUCAGACAUGCUUAAGACGUUGAUCGAUCAAUUUUUCUUAACUCUCUAAACUUUUUAAUCUAAUAACCUUAGUUUUGUAUUUAUCACUUAAGUUUUGAAGUAAAAUGUCAUUUAAAUUAUGCAAUUGUAGAAUUAUGUCAUGAAACUUUAAUUUUGUGAUUAGUUAACUCCUGAUUUAAUUCCUGUAGCAUAUAUUGUGCUCAUUUGAGACAUAGAACAAGCUGUAUCACAAAGUGAAAAGAAUUUGGUUGAAUUGAAUAAAACUUGUAAUACAAGUUGUAUAUAUUGAUGUAAAGAUGAUAAUAAUAUAUACAAUUUUAUAUUUUACAAUUAAUAUUUGGUAAAUACAUUCUGAUAAUGAAUAAUACUUAAAAAUAAAAGGUGUAAAAAUCUA